UAGCCCGGAAGCGGAAGCCGCUUUGGGAAACGGAAGAGCUUGGAGCCGGUUCCCAGCCCGAACCGAGAUCUGUACUGGGAGGAUCUUGAGCCAGUCUCGUCCCGGGUACUGCGGCGUCGCCCCGGGCAGCACUUCUGGGACUUCGCCUCGCUGCUCGGGAUCCUGGGACAAGAGGACAGAUGCAUCCUUUGGCAGUCGAAUGCACCCUGCACUAGAGAGAAGUCCAGGAUAAUAGUGUUGGGGCUCAAUUUCUCCAUCCUGGAAUUCAUCCAGUCCAUUCCAGAAAUAUUGACCCUCUGCUUCCGUGACACAGCCUCAGUGAAUGUCCAAUGGACAGACACUUUCCGUUGACCUUGCAGCAAUUCUCUUUCCUGUGGAGGUUGGAGGACGAGGUGAAUGGUGCCAAAAGUUGCCUGCUUUGGUGAAUAGAAGUACCCCCCUUCGUUCCCAGAACAUGGGCCCUCGUUUCAAGCUGCAGCUGUGAUCCUCGGCUGUCCGUCGGCAUUGAAGGGACCUGAUGUUUUACGUUAUUGGUGGGAUCACAGUGUCUGUGGUUGCAUUCUUCUUCACAAUUAAGUUCCUCUUUGAGCUUGCCGCACGGGUUGUCAGCUUCCUCCAGAAUGAGGACCGUGAGCGCAGAGGGGACCGGACGAUUUAUGACUACGUGCGGGGAAAUUACCUGGAUCCCCGGUCUUGCAAAGUCUCCUGGGAUUGGAAGGACCCCUAUGAGGUGGGCCACAGCAUGGCCUUCCGAGUGCAUUUGUUCUACAAGAACGGGCAGCCUUUCCCAGCACAUAGGCCUGUGGGACUGAGAAUUCACAUCUCCCACGUUGAGCUGGCCGUGGAGAUUCCAGUGACCCAGGAGGUCCUCCAGGAGCCCCGUUCCAAUGUGGUCAAAGUGGCCUUCACCGUGCGCAGGGCAGGCCGUUACGAAAUCUCAGUGAAGCUUGGUGGAUUAAAUGUGGCCUACAGUCCCUACUAUAAGAUUUUUCAGCCUGGAAUGGUGGUUCCUUCCAAGACCAAAAUAGUGUGCCAUUUUUCUACUCUUGUGUUGACCUGUGGACAGCCACACACCCUUCAGAUAGUGCCCCGAGAUGAGUAUGACAACCCUACCAACAAUUCCGCUUCUUUGAGAGACGAGCACAAUUACAGUUUGUCCAUCCAUGAGCUCGGCCCUCAAGAAGAAGAGAGCAGCAGUGUCUCAUUCGAGAAGUCAGUGACAUCCAACAGGCAGACCUGCCAGGUGUUCUUGCGACUCACCCUGCAUUCUCGCGGCUGCUUCCAUGCCUGCAUUUCAUACCAAAAUCAGCCAAUCAAUAAUGGUGAAUUUGACAUUAUUGUCCUAAGUGAGAACGAGAAGAAUAUCGUUGAACGCAACGUGUCCACCUCAGGAGUGAGCAUUUACUUUGAGGCUUAUCUUUAUAAUGCCACCAACUGUACCAGCACACCUUGGCACCUCCCACCCAUGCACAUGAGCUCCUCCCAGCGCCGGCCUUCCACAGCCCUGGAGGAGGAAGAUGAAGACUCACCCUCUGAGUGCCAGACCCCUGAGAAGGUGAAGAAACCCAAGAAGGUGUAUUGCUACGUGUCACCAAAGCAAUUCUCAGUGAAGGAAUUUUACCUGAAAAUCAUUCCCUGGCGCCUUUAUACCUUCCGAGUGUGCCCAGGAACAAAAUUUUCAUACCUUGGCCCUGACCCUGUUCAUAAGCUCCUCACCCUGGUGGUAGAUGAUGGCAUUCAGCCGCCUGUGGAGCUCAGCUGUAAGGAGAGGAACAUUCUAGCAGCCACUUUCAUCCGCUCCCUCCAUAAGAAUAUAGGAGGCUCUGAGACCUUUCAGGACAAGGUGAACUUUUUCCAGCGAGAGCUUCGGCAGGUACAUAUGAAAAGACCACAUUCCAAAGUCACCCUGAAAGUCAGCAGACACACCUUGUUGGAAUCGUCUCUGAAAGCCACUCGGAAUUUCUCAAUCUCAGAUUGGAGCAAGAACUUUGAAGUGGUUUUCCAAGAUGAAGAAGCUCUAGACUGGGGAGGACCUCGCCGAGAAUGGUUUGAGCUAAUCUGCAAAGCACUGUUUGAUACCACCAAUCAGCUGUUCACUCGAUUCAGUGACAACAACCAAGCAUUAGUACAUCCCAACCCUAAUCGCCCUGCUCAUCUACGCUUAAAAAUGUAUGAGUUUGCAGGGCGGCUGGUGGGCAAGUGUCUCUAUGAGUCCUCUCUAGGAGGAGCCUAUAAGCAAUUGGUCCGGGCUCGCUUCACCCGCUCUUUCUUGGCUCAAAUCAUAGGACUACGUAUGCAUUACAAGUACUUUGAAACAGAUGACCCAGAAUUCUACAAAUCUAAAGUUUGCUUCAUCCUCAAUAAUGACAUGAGUGAGAUGGAGCUGGUCUUUGCAGAAGAGAAAUAUAACAAAUCAGGUCAACUGGAUAAGGUUGUAGAACUCAUGACAGGUGGAGCUCAAACCCCAGUCACCAAUGCAAAUAAAAUUUUCUAUUUAAAUCUAUUGGCCCAAUAUCGGCUGGCCAGUCAAGUGAAAGAGGAGGUGGAACACUUCCUAAAAGGCCUGAAUGAGUUGGUUCCUGAGAACCUCUUGGCUAUUUUUGAUGAAAACGAGCUUGAGCUGCUGAUGUGUGGGACUGGGGACAUCAGUGUGUCUGACUUCAAAGCCCACGCAGUGGUUGUUGGCGGCUCCUGGCAUUUCAGAGAAAAGGUCAUGAGGUGGUUCUGGACUGUGGUUUCCAGCCUGACCCAGGAGGAGUUGGCUCGGCUACUCCAGUUCACAACAGGCUCCUCUCAGCUACCACCCGGAGGUUUUGCCGCCCUCUGCCCCUCAUUCCAGAUUAUUGCCGCUCCUACCCACAGCACUCUCCCAACUGCACACACAUGUUUUAACCAGCUGUGCCUCCCCACAUAUGACUCGUAUGAAGAGGUGCACCGGAUGCUGCAGCUGGCCAUCAGUGAGGGCUGCGAGGGCUUUGGCAUGCUCUGACCACUCUCCUGCCGCCCACCUGGCCCCCGUGCUUCCUGGAACACCUGGGUGCACAUAACACCGUGACAACCACCGACCCUAACACACACAUAACAUCAGCCAGAAGCUGCUGCAUGCGCCCCAGUGUCUGAAGUAUUGGGUCACCUAUGAGCUGGGUCGUUCCCUCGCUGCCUCUGGCACAUCUCCCCCACAGGCCACUUUGGCAUGGUAUGGAAUCUGUACUGCUCAUUCAUGAGGAGAGGACCACGGUGCUUCACUUCACCUGGUUUUCAGAAGAUCUCAGGAGCAGGAGCUGCUUCAAUAGCUAAGGGAGAUUGCAAAGGGGCCCGGCUUUCUUAGAAGGCUGGGGUGGCCUUGCUCAGCUUCCUAUGCUGAUGCCCUUGAGAGGUCCCCUCUGCAGCCCUUGCUACUUGCCCUACAGGCACAUGAGUCCUUCCUGUAUGCAGGGCAAUCGCCUCUUCUCACCAGGAGUCAGGAGGAGCACAGAUAGGAAGUGGCCUACAUGAGCAAUCUUCAGUUUUGUCCUCCUGCACCAUAGCAGGCUCAGGCCAUGGUGCCAGACUACCUCUAAUGGAGACUGAUGGCACAAAAGGACCUUUUCUUGUGGUGUCAAAACUGGAAAAGGAGCGUUUUCCCUGAAGGCAUUUCUGGAAAUGAUCAUUAAUCCAUAAAAACUCUAAGCUUUUUUCUUGAAUUUGAGCCAGUGAGAAAAACAGACCCAAGAAUGUGAAAGAUAACUGGACUAUAGCUUCCAGUGCUGAAAAUGAUUUUCCUCUAGGGCAAGGAGCAUGUGUAGGCAUCUGGCUGGCUUGAAGACUACUGAUGUUUGUUCCUGGGUUUGUUCUGUACGCUCAGGUGUGGCUGGUCCUGGCCACUUAACUCCCAACUUACGCAGUCUGCUGAGAGGUAGGGAUUCUUCAGCUUUCUACAAAAGAAAAUUUAAUAGCAGAGGAUUUGGACAGUAAGUAUAGCAUGCUAACAAUCCCUGAUUCUUUGCUUGCUAUUCUCUGGCAGCAGCACUGUGGCAAGGGAAAAGGGACCAGUGGUUGAAGUGCUUAAUCACAGGUCCACGGGGUCAGGGCCCUGAGAAUGUAUGUAGAGAAGCUGUGUCAGACAAUAAUACCCACCUGUCCAUGACUUCCUUUACUCUGUAAGUUGCCAGCAAAGAGUCCCUGUGAAGGGAAGACAAUUAGUAGGUUCACUAUUGUAUGGAGAUUGAAGAGAACCUGCAUCUGUCUUUUGGAAAAUCCCACCAUCCUUUUUCAUUACAAUUUGACUGCAGACAUUUUCAAGACUCGGAAUCUCAUCAACUUUCCACAUUUCUGUUUUUUAAGAAGGCUUUGCUGCGAGCUACCAUUCUCAACGGGGCAUUCAACUCUGAGAAUAUUACAAGCCAUCUUUACUGCCAAAACCAGCAAGUCCACAGAGUCCAGAGAUGAGGCAGCACUUGUGGCAAUGCCUCGGCCUCCUGGAAGCAUGUCUGAGCCCUCCCGUUCCCAGGGACCAUGAGGAACAAGCCCUCCUGAGCUGCUCGAGUUGCUGCCUGACCUCACCCCUUUGCAGUUGUCAUUUGUCCUUCUUGGCAUGGGUGCUGACCUCACUCAUUCUUGGGGGCCAGGAUCCAGCAUCAGGGCCUCAACACCUGAGCCAGGGUCCUCCAUGCCACAUGGUCACUGCUCUCCUCAGGGACCAGGACAAGGUGCUGCUGCUUGCCCCCGUGUUUUUCCAUGGGACAUCUACAGGCAAGUUUCGUCAUCACCCUGGGAAACAUGACAAUGCCCCUCGGGCCUAGAGAGGGGUUUCCAGCUAGGGGCAUGUGGGCUGGUUCUACUUUCUUUGGCAGUUGUUCCUCUUCUGGAUUCUGCAUUCUCCUCUCCAGCGGCCCUCCAGAGACUGAUGCUGGAGCUCGAUUUGAUUUUCUUGGCUAGAUCUGUCCUUUUCAGCUCUAGUCGGAGCACUUUUCAGAGCAUCCUGGGUGCCACUGCAGCCCAGCUGUGGCAGCCUGCAGCCCCGUGGUUGGUCCUUAGCCCCAGGGUCUCUAUUUAACAAAACCCUUUGGUACUGUUGUGGUUUUCUAUUCCUCCACUGCACUCUGUCUCCUAAGUCUGUUCCAAAGUAUCUUUGCUCUGUUUGGCCUUUUCUUUUACCUUUUUUUUCUAAUCCUGCUUUGGUACUUGCCAGUAUGAGGAAAAGGUACAACUCCUCAGAGAGAAGAAAGAAUAUCUGUUACUUCUCCGGCAGUUGUUAAUUUCACGUUUCUUACUUCAGCCAGUUUAAUUUUAUUUAUGCUCCUGUGGCCCAGGUACUUGGGGCCAGCCAAACUUUAGCCUGGCCUUUUAGUGUCUUUGAAGGAGACCAAGCACCAAGUGAACACUAAGGAGAGCAUCAGCGUGUUUUCUAGAGACCAAGCCCUGCUGCAAAUCCAUCAGGCCAGGCAAAGGGGCCAGACAGUUGCAGUGAUAGUGUAAAUAUUUUGUAUAGUAAAUAAAUAAAUAUUGAAAAGGACUAAGGAGCAAGUGACUUCUGUAAGUGGCGAUUCAGAGCUCAGACUGGAGGUGGAGGAGGAAAAGAAAGAUUUAGAAAUGUUUUCACAUUUCCCCAGGAAUUUCUUCAAGAGCCAUGAGCUCAGAGUAGAAGGUACCUACAGAGCCCUGGCCUGUCCCAAGUCCUGCAGUUUCACCCUCCACUGAAUGCUGUUCAUGCCAGGCAGGCCCAUGGUGCAGGACAAAUGCUUAUGCUCAGCUCAUGAAGAAGAAACCAGUUUGUAAAAGCUGAGGAUAUCUGUUCUCAUCUGUCUUUUAAAUGUUCAUUUGUUGUUUUACUAUAUAGGAAACUCAGUAUAGAAAAUUUAGAAAUAAGAGCCCAAGAGAAAUAAUUCGCUUGCCAUCCAGAGGUAACCACUAUUAACUGAUGUAUAUUGCCUUCUAGUUUGCGUACGAUCACAUUUAUUUCUAUACCUCCUCCUCCCAAGGGUACUGGGCAUGGCAAACAAAAACACAGCUUCUCAAAAGUGUGGGUGGCAGGUGGUACCAAUUCUUUUCCAACCAGAGGUAAGUUUGGCAGAGAGAGAAAACUGGAUUUCUGAUUUGGGGCCUACAAGGAAAAGUAUCAGGGUUUUGUUAGAAAAGUAAUUAUGGUGUCCUUACACCUUGGUUCCCAAUCUGGAAAAUCAAAAAAAUACCUUGGAAUUGUUUUUACUCUUUUUGCCCCAUCUCCCAGACCUAGUGAAUUGGAAUCUUAGUUUGAACACCACUCUUUUAGAGUAUAUUUGCUCUACUUCCACCUCCUCAAGCUCCUCAGUGAUAGGAGAUGUCCUUAACGAAACAAAAUUCCCUCUGACUUCAUAUUUUUAGGUUAACAAUCCUACAUCUUUUACACUUGCUGCUCUUAUGGCUUUGAGUGGAUCCCUGUGAGCAUUUGUCAUUAAUUGCAGUUUAUCAUAAAAUUAUUCUUAAGAUUCAA